ACUACAACACUGUGAACGCCGCAGAAAUGUUUUUUUCUGAAAAGUGCUGUACGGCUAGUAGCGUGAUUAUUUCAAACAUGGCUCACUGUAAUCUGAAGUUUAUUCGCGUUUAUUAAUGUUUUGCUCACUCCGUUUCAUUUGCAUGGUCAAGUACUCGGCUGUAAGAAUGAGCUCUCCGUAUUUCAAUAGCAAAAGUACAGUCCGCUCAUGCUGCUCCAGAGAUGAUCCUGAGGCCAGAACUUCACGUAAAGGAGGAGGGAUCAGGGGAUUGAAAGCCAAAAUGGGUAAAGGUGUGGAGAGAAACAGGGUGCGAGUGAAGGAGGAAACCGAGGAGCACAGAGUUUCUCACACUGAGGGGUCUCCACCUACACAAGCUGCACUAGGAGAGUCUGCAGCAGAAAUUAAGGAAGGCCUUAGGGACGGACCCGCACCUUUAAAAUCGCCACGGACACCAAGGAGGGGCCAUAUUAAAGUGGAGUAUGAGGAAGAUGGUCCCAGAAUGAAGAGGGAACCCUGGGAGCCACAUGAUUGGAGGAAGCAGCUGUCCUUCAUCAGGGAGAUGAGGAGUGGGCGGGAUGCUCCUGUGGACCACAUGGGCGCAAAUAAAUGCUUCGACCCACAGGCUUCACCCGAGGUGAUGCGCUAUCAGGUGUUGGUGUCUCUGAUGUUGUCCAGUCAGACGAAGGACCAGGUGACCGCUGCAGCGAUGCAGCGCCUGCGCACGCACGGCCUCACCGUGGCCACCAUCCUCAAAACGGACGAUGACACACUGGGAAAAUUGAUCUACCCCGUCGGGUUUUGGAGGACAAAGGUGAAGUACAUAAAGCAGGCGACGGAGAUGAUCCGUCAGGAGUUUGGUGGAGAUAUUCCCAACACUGUUGAGGGUUUGGUGCGUCUGCCCGGUGUCGGCCCCAAGAUGGCCCACCUCGCCAUGGCCAUUGCCUGGAACCAAGUCUCCGGCAUUGGAGUGGACACACAUGUCCAUCGUAUCUGUAACAGACUGGGAUGGACUCGCACCAAGACCAAGAACCCAGAGGAGACCAGACAGGCACUAGAAGACUGGUUACCAAGAGAUCUGUGGCAGGAGAUAAACUUGCUGCUGGUAGGCUUUGGACAGCAGGUGUGUUUACCUGUUGGACCUUUGUGCUCUACCUGUCUAAACCAGCACACCUGUCCUUCCGCUCAUCUCACCUCACCCAAUAAAAGGCCUAAACCUGGUUCUCCGCUCUCACCUGGGGAGCCGGAUACCCCAGUGAAGAACCCAAAGAUCAAACUGGAAAGUCUGACCACACAGAUCAAGGAAGAACCCGCCAACGUUCCUCUUACAUCAGCUUGUUCCCAAAGGAGAAAGGCCAAACGCAAAAACGAGGCACCUGUGGAGGCAAAAACACCUAAAGAAGAACUGACAGCUGUUCCUUUGGCUUCUGACACUAAAGAACAAGAAAAUGAAGCACAGUCAAAAGCCCUGGCUGGGCCUGAAUCUGAUCAGCCAAGAAGGGGAAAGGCAAAGACAAGAGCGCCCCCUACAGCAGGGAUUAAAGAAGAACAGAAAGACGGACCUUCAUCUUCUCGUCCGAGACGGAGAACUAGAACCGUUAAGCACUGAGCAUGUAUGAGCUAACUUGGGAUCCGAUCCCACAUUAGCCAGUCUUAUGGUUUUGAGUUGUAAAGUAGGCCUAGUCUCAAAUGGGCUUGCUUGUGUUUUGGUGUUGGGUCAACGAUACCAACGACACACUACCAUUCAGGAAAUUAGUACGCUUUUCAGAUCCAGUGAGCACUGGAGCUAGAAGGCUAAUGUUGCUAACAAUAUUAGAAGCUUAUGUACAUGAAUUAGCAUCACACACUUGCUUCAAACCAUGUUGAGUAGCUGAAUAAUCUCAAACUGACUUGAUGCAAUUUCAAUACUCUGUAUGUCCUGUACAUAUUGUAGUAUUGACAAUAAAGCUGACUUGACUUGACUUGACUUAUGUGGUUUCUGACACCAUGCACUGGCAUACUGUUAUCAAAAACAUGGGCAAAAUACAUUAGCAUAGCUAAAAACAGUAGCAGCAGCCAUCUUGAAGCCUGUAUUUUGUCUGUUUGUAAAUAAAAGUAUGUCAUACAGUGUCAGAACUCGCGUAAGCAAGUGUGUUUGGCAUUACUCAACGACUCAACUAGGUUUGAGGAAAGUGUUUGAUAAUUUAGAUGUGCUAAUUUAUGUAAAAGCUUCUGAUACUUGCUACGUUAACCUCAUAGCUCCACUGCUCAUGUUCUCAGUCUGUCUCACCUUAUUCAGGGUGAGUUUGAGAACCCAGUUAGCAAAAUUUGUCCGGCCCACUUGUGGGCCACAUCCUUGGUUUGUUCUGGCCCAGCAUACGGCUGAGUCCUCGGCCCAGAUCUGGCCCACACACUGUAAAGUGUGUAGAACUAAAGUAUGUGGCCCAAAUCUGGCGCCAAUCUGGCCCAGCUACAUUGUUGGUCCACAACAUUCACGCCAAAAUUGUCCCACAAAUGUAGACACGAGGCAAAAUGGUAUGAAGCUGUCCAGGAACUGGCCCUAUUCUGGCCCACAUGCCUAACAUCUACCUGGUAGUCAACCAGCAAUCACACAGGAAAGCCAGAAUCAGCCCAAAACAGUCUGCUAUCUGGGAAGCGUUCUAAUAUCCUGAAGGGUCGUGGGUCUGAAGGGCUAGUCUGUAUGACCUGCCUUUAAACCUUAAGGUUAUUUUUAACCUUACACAACCUACCGAAUACCCUAAUGACCCAUAACGUAACCGACCACACCCUCCAUUUACUCCUACCUCGAACCUUUACUGGCUAUACUCCACGUACGUCAUGCCCGUACACCUAAACCUACUUAAUCUUGCCCAUCUAGACCUUUUCUUAAACAACCAACAUGCCAGAUUUUUACAGCUGUCACUAGAAAGGCUUAAUGAAAAAAUUAAAUUUACAUAAUUUUUCAGUUUCCCCAGAUGUAUUCGCUCAGCCAAGACAUGUUUGGUGUCCUAUUUUUGAUCUUUAGUUUUAAACUGGAGCUAUUAGCUAUGAGGCUAAUAUUGCUAACAAACACAAGAAGUCAGUAGUCACCCGAAUCUUUUCUGUAGACUGCAGAAAAUCACAUCCGAUUCUUUAUUAAGGUCACACAGGCUUGUUGAUGUGGUUCAGGACACAGUAUAACUAACUUAAUAAAACUCCACAGUGUAGCAGAAGGCUAGCCGGCCUUUUUAGGUUCAUAGGGAAGUUUUGUUCCUUUCUAUAGACCGUAUAGUACAAUACACUGUAUAGUAUGGUGUAUUUUAUAGUGCGCUACGCUAAAGUAGCAAACAUUAGACACCACAUCGUUCUUUAAGAUAAGACAAUACAUACUUUCCUAUUUUUGCAAACUGUAUUUUUCUUCCUUUUUAUAAAAACUAUAUAUAUUCACAUACUGGUGUAUUGUCGAGGUAAACGGAGAGAUGUAUGAUCCAUAACCUAUGACUUUGAGGUGAAUUAUGCAUAAUAUGUUUGAUAGUUGUACAGUUUUGUUAAUUUCAUAUGUAAUUCAUUAAAUGGAAUUAGACGGCUUGUGUGCUGCCUUGUUUGGUACUGGGUUGAAGGACUCUUGGGUCAUUCUCCUUUUGGAGUGGGAAACCAUGUCACAAAGGUUGCAGGACUUAAAAAAGAUGCUUAAAAUAUUAGGCACAGCUCAGAAAGUCAGCAUGU